GCGGCGCAGGUGCAGGUGCGAGAUCGCCGUCCAGGUGCGGCCGCCCGUCUGCUCCGUCCGCAUCAUGGACCGCGACCGGGGCCCGCGGAGCUCGGCCGUGGACCUGGGCUUCGGGGCGCUCAGCACCGCGCAGCUCCGCGCCCUGAUGCGGGACGAGACGUGGCUGGAGCGCAUCGUCAAGCUGAGCAGGAAGUUCCAGAACCUGCAGCUGGAGCGGGAGAUGCGCCUGGCUUCCAACUAUGCCCUGGCCAAGCAGAACUUGGCUCUGCAGCCGCGCCUGGAGAAUGGCAAGGCCUCCUUGGCCAUCAAAUACCAGGAACUGCGGGAACUUCGAGAGACGUGUCGGGAGAAGCAGCAGCGCCUGGGGGCCUGUAUGGAAAAGUGGACCCCACAGAAUGCUGUAAGCAGGCUGCAGUCUGAGCUGGAUGGAGUGGAGGCCAAAGUUGAGGAGCAGAUGGAACAAUUCCUAUGCUGGGACCUUCCCAUCGAGACCUUUGUGGAGUCAUUCCAGCACAGCCGCAUGCUCUCCCACCUCCGUCGCACCCAGCUGGAGAAACUGCAGGAGAUCUUGAAGCUGGAAAAGGAAAAGACCCCGGAGCAGCCCAGCCCCAGCUGCGAAGAACAACAGCCUGCAAGCUCCCCAGCUCUUCCAGCUCCUCCGACCGUGGCCCAAGCCGUGCCAGCGCAGAACGGGCCAGCCCCCAAGGUCUUCCAGCUCCGCUUGGCACCAGCUUUCUUGAUCCCUUCGGAAGCCGUGCUCCCCAUCCCUGUGGCGGCAGCUCCCCAGAAGUGCUGCCUGCCCACCCUGGCCACCUCGCACCCCAAGGCGCCCUUUGUGGGCUCCCCCUUGAGUCUGAUUGGACACAUCCACUUGCCGCAGGCCCAUUUGCCUCACCAGAAGAAAAAGGAGCCUCCCCACCGGUAGACGCUGGCACCGACGGGACAUUUCUACCGGAGCCUCUGACACGAGCUACGAUGUGCCAGGGUCCGAGGUGUGAUGCCAGCCCACCAAGGACUCCGUUCUCCCAGACUUGCCAGGAGCUGGGGGUUGCGGGUGGGCUGGGCUGGGGGGAAUGAGCUGGCUCCCUCUUCUCUCUGGCUGCUGAGUGUCAUGUGGUUUUAAUCCCCCUCCUGUCCCCCAUCCCCUUAGGCAGCCUGGCUGGCCGGGGUUCUAACACAUUAUAAUUAUAGGCAGCAGAGACAGGGCU